GUGCUCUUCCGGAUUCAGAAGUGGGCAGGUCUUGAGAAGUGGAUUAUCAACACUAUCUGGGUGUUUAACGUAAAGCUAGGAGUCACGUGUGUUGCCAGUAUGGCAAUGUCAUAAGCCUAUGGUCAGGAAACAAGGUGACAUGAAGAUUCCAUUCAAAGGAGAAUAUAUCUUGGAUAUUGUACGCCACUGACAUUCAACAACUGUUACAGCUGCAUAUUGAGACUGGGGACAGUUAGCAUAGCGUUUUCAGUAUCAAGAUGUCUAUCGUCCAAGUGGUUGGAUCGGGUGUGAAAGCCAGUGCCUCAGCAGACCGAACAUCAUUCAUAGGAGCCAGAGUCCCCAAGGAAGUGAAAGCACUUCCCAAGCCACUUGCCAAACUUGACAAGGAAACUUUCAGAAAAUUGUUGAAAAUGGUGGUUGCCGCCAUGGAGGGAGAGGAAGUCCAGCACAAGCAGAUCAAAGAAAUCAUCUCCAAUGGUGAAAGUGAGGAGUCGCUGACAGCCAUGUACACUGGAUUGUACACACUGCUUCGUACAGCUCUCAGGCACCCUCAAACAUCACUCAAGAUGGAGUUAUUCAAGAUUGACUUAAAUGACUUACAAAUACCAGAAGAGUUUCAGACAGACAUUGCCAGUGUUAUCUUUGGAAAUAGGAGACCCAAGAUCGAUAAACAUGCCGUUGCUGGCCGACCCCACCUACCAAGUCUAGACCUGUUUAGAUGGAGGGUAGAUGUAGCUAUAUCAACGAGUGUGUUGAACCGAGUGCUAGAACCCACGGUCAUGAUGGAGAUGACUCUCAGCAAUGGCAGAAUCCAUACAUUUGAGGUGCCAGUUUCAAAAUUCCAUGAACUACGAUACAAUGUUGCAUACGUGUUGAAAGAGAUGGAAGAUUUAGAGAAAAGAAGUAUACUGAAAAUACAAGACUGAGUGAUUAUAUUUUAGAUGCAUUGUUAAUAUAUGACAUGUUGCCAUGGUUACCAUUGUUACGACAUCACAGCAUUCCUAUGUUUCAGGUACACAUUAUGUAUAUUAUAUUCACAAAAAUAUUGCCACCCAGAGAAAACUUUGUUGAAUGAUUGAUGGAAUGAUUUGUUGAAAAAUGACACCAGCAAACUCAUUGGAAAGUAAUUUGUAUAUCCAGGGAUAUAUUCCAUGCUUAAGGCAAAUUAUGAAUACUUUUUUGGGGGUGGGGGGGG